AUGAAAUGAGUUAGGCCUUGGACUUUGACCAUUACACGACAAUGCAUACACUUUCUGAAAUACGCUGUGUCACUUCGGAUUUGAGAAAGUUCCUGGCGUAUAUAACAUGAUGCGGCACAAUGCGCUUAAUAGUAUGCAGUGUUUUCGAUGUCUACGUUAGCUAGAAGGUGUUCAUAUACGUUAUUAAACGUGCUUACGAAGCGGAUUUACGUAAAAACAUCACGUAUUACCAAUUCACCACUUCUGUUCCAAGGAAUCGCUGGCAUAAGGUCUUUUGCAACAACUGCUAAGAUGGAAAGCAAGUCUCCGUAUAAAGGAACAAGCGAAAGAGGUCUGAGCAAAGAAAUUGCGAUUCCGGUUCCAUGGGGAAUUCUUGCAGGGAAAACUUUUGGUGAUUCGACCAAGCCAGCAGUUCUGUGUUUGCAUGGCUGGCUUGAUAACUGUAAUAGUUUCGAUAAGUUGAUACCACUGCUACCAAAAGAUAAGUUUUACGUUUGUGUUGACUUACCUGGCCAUGGCUUGUCCUCCCAUAUUUCACUUGGAAUGUUUUAUACUUUGUUCUUCUAUGUUGCUACUGUGGAAAGGAUAGUGAAUCAUUUUAAAUGGAAGAAAUUUUCUUUUCUCAGCCAUAGUUUGGGGGCAAAUAUCUCUGGAAUGUACAGUGGAACCUAUCCUGAUAAAGUUGACAAACUUAUCAUCAUAGAUGUGAUUGGAGUCUUCCCUUUGGAUGGGAAACUUGCUGUUGAGAAUCUUCGUUCUAGUAUCGAGUCAUAUUUAAAAUACGAAGAUAAACUGAGUAGUGCAGCUCCGAGGUAUACUUAUGAAAAGGCUAAAGAGAGAUUAUUGGUUGCAAAUAAGUCAUUGGACAGUCAUUCAGCCGACAUUUUAUUGGAACGAGGAACAACAAGACAUGAGGAUGGCUUGUACACGUACAGAAGAGACCUUCGACACAAUUAUCGCAACCCAGUAUUUGCAACACCUGAAGUAGCCAUGCACUUAUUAAGGAAUAUCACGGCUUCUACACAACAUAUAAUGGCAAGCAAAGGAAGGACACAAACAAGUGUAGCAGCUCGGAGUGAAAAUGUCUCACGACUGUUUGAUUGUUUUACUUCAGUAAAGAAGCGUGAAUACGUGGUGGUUGAAGGUGACCAUCACCUGCAUAUGGUGAAUGCUGAAGAAGUAGCAAAACAAAUAUCUCCCUUUCUUAACGAAGAUAUUCCAAUAUUAACAACAAGUGUUGAAACUUCAAAGUGAUAACUUCACUACAACUUGAGUGGAAGAAUAUUAAGACGGCGUUUUUGAAUUUUUAGCAAAAUUUGGGAUGACAUUGUUAAAAUGCAGUUACACUCAUAGUGGUCAAACAUAGGGAACCUCAUUAAUUAAUGUGGUGAAUGCAAUAUAAUUUGGCUCUGCUUGUUUGUAUAGACACCUAACAGCAGGGGAAAAGCUGUGUUAGGCCCAAUACUGGUAUGCUAUAACAUAUGUUGACCUCUGUUUUAAAAGUUAGGCCGACAUGUCACCCCAGGCAACCCUAAUAUUUAGGGUUUUUUUUGCCAAACAGUGUCGAUUUGCUUAACCCUAAGCAAUCCUGUUGUUAGGCGGAUUUUGUGUUGUUUAAAAUUAGUAAAUUUAAAUAAGUUCAACUUAGUUUUCCCUAUGUUUUAUCUUGAUUAACUUAGGCAUGGGUUAAAUCAAAUGUACAAUAUACUGGUAUUCCUAAAACCCUAUUAUCUCCCAAAUUAAUUGUUGCAAAUAGAUGUCUAUGCAAUUUACUGUAUAAUUAUUAAAAUACUUUCAUAUUUUAAUUUACAUUCUUUUAAUUUAUUUUUUGUUACUGUAUUGUAAUUCAUGUAAACCAAUUUGUCAAAGCUACUUCAUUAUGUUAGGUUGGGGUAAGAUGGUCCUUUUUUCAUUCACUUUUAUCACCCUAUUUGGUAGUAAACAAAGAAUAUUU